GUUCACAGUCAACAUUCUCCCUCUGUCGCUCUGCGUAGUCCUCUCUUGGGUUAAUUGUGCUCACCUGUGGCACUUUGGCAAACGUGCAUUCCUUCGCCAAUGCAAGAGGAGUUGCGUUGUUGUGACAAUAAAAAGGUUCUUUUGUGUGUUGUGUGUGAUGUGAGAGUGAAGGUUUCACUUCUUCGUCCAUCUCUCGUGGACACACUCACAGUCAACAGUUGCGGAGUAAAUGAAAGUCAACUUUCCGAUUGAUUCCAAGGAGUUUUCCUCAUCAAUUUUUCACAUCCAACCUCUUCAGCUUUGACUCCUUUUGCGCCUUCGACCUUUCGCUGUUUUGCCAUUCUUUCGCCGCGCACGGCCAGACAAACCGAUGGACUACACGAGCACAGGACUCAAGGACAAAAGUUCGCCCAUUUCCGAGGACAACUUCAACGUUGUCAUUCGCGUUCGACCGAUGCUCAGCAAAGAAGUGGAGAGCAAUGAUCAGAUGGUGAUUCAGUUCCCAGGAAAUGGGCAAAUCUACUGCGACGGCUCGAGUGGCGGAAGCAGCGCUGGAAGCACAGGAAGCAGCGCUCAGAGACCAAAACUCUUCUCCUACAAUGUCGUCUUCGAGACAGGCGCUACGCAAGAAGACAUUCUCGAGUAUUCAGGCAUCAAGAGACUCAUCGCAAUGGCCGUGGAGGGAUUCAGUUGCACGGCUUUUUGCUAUGGACAGACGACCUCUGGCAAGACCUACACUCUCACGGGUCCACCAGAGCUCUUCAUCCGCCGGCCGGAUCCCACGGACGAGCGCCACGGGCUCAUCUUCCGCGCCUUCGUGUACCUCUUUCAGCUGCUGCGCGAGCGAAAGGACACCAACUUCGUCCUCAAGGCGUCCUUCUUGGAGAUUUACAACGAGAAGGUGAUCGAUCUGCUGAAUCCUGGCUCGGCAAGGAAGCCCCUGGCUGUACGAUGGAGCAAGAAGUCCCGGGGCUUCUUCGUGGAGAAUCUCUUCACUGUGGAUUGCGAGCAGCUGGACGAUCUGCUGGCGGUGCUUGAGGAAGGCAUGAGGAACCGAUCGAUGGGCGCUCACAGCAUGAAUGAGCACUCCUCGCGGAGUCAUACCAUCCUGACAGUGUACAUAACGUCGGAACAGCAGGCGGAGCGCGGGGUGUUCCUGUCGAAGCAGGGAAAGCUGAAUUUUGUCGAUCUGGCGGGCAGUGAGAUGACCAAGAAGACGAAUAGCGAGGGAAAGACCCUCGAGGAGGCCAAUAACAUCAACAAGAGCUUAAUGGUGUUGGGCUACUGCAUUGCACAGCUGAGCGACGCGAAGAAGAAGCACGGGCACAUUCCCUACAGAGACAGCAAGCUGACCAAGCUGCUGGCCGAUAGUCUGGCUGGCAACGGUGUGGCUCUCAUGAUAGCCUGCAUCUCGCCAGCGCGGUCCAACUUGUCUGAGACGCUAAGUACGCUCAGGUAUGCGGCGCGCGCCAAGAAGAUCCGCACGAAGCCGCUGGUGGUCAUGGAUCCGCGAGAGGCCAUGAUCCUCAGCCUGAAGCGCGAGAUAGACAGUUUGCAGCAGGAGAACGAACACCUGCGCACAGCCCUGUAUGUGGAGACAGAGAAAAAGUUCGACUCCAAGAGCGGCAGCAGCACGGCGUCCGCCAACUCCACUUCCGUCUCCGCUCCGAUCAUGAACCUAGACGAGAAGCAGGUGACGGAACUGGACGGGGCGCAGCUGGUGGAGCUGGUGAAGCUCUACAUGCUGGAGAACCAGUCGCUGCGCACGGAGAACUCCGAACUCUAUACUGUCCGGGACAUGGUUCUGCGCGAUCAGGAAAUCGUGUGCCGCGAGAAUGAGAGAUUGCUGAAGAAAUUGGAGGAUGUGAAUUCCGUUUGCUGCAGAUCCCCCAUAAUUCCCGCCCGACCGACAUUUUCCGCGGAAAUACUGAACAUGUCAACAGGAAGUGAUCCUGAGCAGCCAAACAUUUGGAUUGCGCCAUCGUCAACACACGAAAACCCCUCGACAUUCUAG